AUGAGUCCUGCCGAUCAAACCUCCGGUCGCGAGUUCGUCCUCCGUACCCACCGACCCGGCGAUAUAGGAUGGAUCAUUCACAGGCACGGCGUCCUUUAUGAUCAAGAAUACGGCUGGGGCGUACAAUUCGAGGCCCUUGUGGCCAGCAUCGCUGCAGAAUUUAUCAACCAAUACGACGCGCAAUCAGAGCGUUGUUGGAUUGCAGAGAAAGAUGGCAACCCGCUCGGCUGCAUCAUGCUCGUCAAAGACCGAUCAAGCCCAAAUACCGCCAAACUUCGCCUCUUACUGGUUGAGCCGAGUGCGCGUGGCCUCGGAGUUGCUCGAGCCCUUGUUCGUCAAUGCAGGACAUUCGCCGAGGAGGUCGGUUACGAAAGAAUAGUGUUGUGGACGAAUCAAGUGUUGACACCUGCGCGUCGACUGUAUACAUCCGAAGGGUAUCGAUGUGUGCAGGAGGAGGAGCACGAGACAUUUGGAAUCAACCUUGUGGGCGAAUCUUGGGAGUUGGAUCUAAAGGCGUCAACUACUUAG